AGUACUGCCAAUUUAAACGAUAAUUCCAAUAUUUGAGAGGAAAUAAUUAAAAAUUAAAUUCCGAUGUGGGUAAUUAAAUCGUUGCGCCCAUUCUCUCGUGCGGGGAGCAGAAUAUGCAGUCGCUUCCACGACACCCUUGACCAGCUCACGGGCAUCGAAAAACGAGAACUGCUUGCUCAUAUGGCUGGAGAGUGUGAUCCGUUUCGCAUUAUGGCCAUCAAAAAAGGUCCAGGUACUUGGGAGAGGCCGAAUCUCAUCCCGAGUGCGUUCAGGAAGCGUCUGGUUGGCUGUGUUUGUUAUCCUGAUACCAACCACAUAGAAUACAUGUGGAUACAUCUCGGCGAACCGAAGCGCUGCGGAUGCGGUUACUGGUUCGAACUGUGUCCUAUCGCACCCCUUUAAUGUAUAUUGAUUUUCAAUUAUAAUAUAUUUG